CCAACAGAUAUACACUGGAAUGUGCAAUACGUGUAUAAAUAUAAUAUCCAUUACACAGUAUAUCAACAUCAAUUUUCAAUCUUCAUUGUUUUUUUCUCUCUUAAACAUUAAGGUUCAAUGAAAGAAAUUGUAGAAGAUGUUUUUACCAAUUUGCCAGAUGAAAUUCUUGGCUGCAUAGUCUCUUUUCUACCAAAUGAAUAUUCACUUCAAACCAGUCUCAUAUCUACUAGAUGGAGAAACUUAUGGAACCAAAUUCUUGUUAAACAUGGAACUAUACAAGAUAUCACUACUGCCGUUGCUCAUUUUCUAACCGAUUUUGACGAGUUUGAUCCAUUAAAGCGACCGCGCAAGCUUCAAUUUCAAUUUGGUGAUUACAAUACACUCUUUGCAACUAUUGCGACUAAUAGUAAGCUUCUUCUUGAUUUCUCUUUCGGGAACCAAAAACUUGAAAGAGAAUAUGAACUAGAGUUCAAUCUCAAUAAGCAACACUUCACCUAUAAUCCUGUUCCUCCUUCAACUUUCUUAAUCAAAAAUCUCACUUUGAAAUCAUUAAACUAUUUGACAAGUGAGGUAGCUUCUUCCAUAGUUUCGAAUUUGGAGCAUCUUGAGAGCUUAAUGAUCACUGAUUGCUGUGGAUUGCAAUCUUUAUUCAUUGGGUCAGAAACCAAGCUUCAUAAGUUAACUAUCUUAGAUUGCUUGCAGUUGAAGUCUCUUCAUCUUAGAACUUCUAAACUUAAAUCAUUUCGAUACCGCGGACCUCUUCCUCGGAUUUGGCCAGAAUCUCAUUUCAACUUAAGUCAUGCCAACCUUGACUUCAGACAAGGCCUAAGCUGCAGUGACUUGAAGGCUCAAGAUUUUGAUGAAACACUAUUAACUAUUAAGAAUUCUGAAAUUCUUACUUUAUAUCAAUGGACUUUUGAGGUACUAAUAUGGCCAUCAAUUUCUCCUUUAAGUGGAAGUUUUAUAUUUUAUAGAUUAAAAGAGCUAUGGUGGAUUGAAAACCAUGAAAAUAAAAACAGCAUCAGUGCCUUAGUUUCCUUCUUGAAAUUAUGUCCUGCUUUGGAGAAACUUUUUGUAAUGAUUGAUUCAAAAAGCUAUUCAGCUCCACAGUCCAAUUCAGGCUUAAAGCAAGAAACUAAAUAUAUAGAAUUGAAGCAACUAAAAUUGAUAAAGUUUAUGGGAUUCACUAAUCCAAUAGAUGACAUUUCAGUGGCAAAAAAAUUAAUUGAGCUACUGAAGGGAAAGCCUCCAAAGAUAGAGACUUCAUGUGGGAGUUAUUUGGAUGAAAUGUCUAUUUUAUGCAAUGAAGAAUGAUUUGAAAAAGUGAUUUUUGUAAGGCUGUUGGCCUAGUUAUGCAGAAGUAUUUGUCACUUUUCCUUUGUAGCUUGUGUUUUGUUUUAUUCUUUUCAUUCUCUUUUAACAGAAUUUGUAAAUGAUCCAACAUGUGAUCUAAUCUAGAAGCUUCUAGUAAAGCUAUUGUAAUUUGUUUAAUGUUGGGCUAUGCUUUAUUCUGCAUAAAAUCAAUAAUCUGUGGCCCAAGCUGGCCUAGUUUUGACUCUAGUGGAUUGGAAUUGAGCCAGUAGGUCCAAUGAAAUCAUCUCGCUCUACCUGUACCUUGGUGACUGCAUCAUUGCCUUCCUCUUCACUAAGAACUUUGUCUUCAAAGUUGAACUAAGGAUUAAUGUUCCUAAUAAGUGAUCUUCAUCCUCCUACAUGCCUUCCUCUUUUGGCAGGAGUAUAUCAUAAUCAUACCUAGUAACUCAGUCUGUAUUAACCAUUUGUGUUGAAUAAGCACUACUCAAAAUAAUAUACUCUAUGAUAAAAUUUUCACUUCGGUCAAUUAAUUGAAAUAAAAUUUUCUAAAAUACGUCAUUUGUAAACCGACUAAAAAUAUAGUUUAGAG